AUGGCUCUCCCCUGUUGCACGUUCGCACGUGUCUCCGAAUCUGAUAAGGCUAGAAACGAAGCAAAUAAGCAAAUAGAUAAGCUCAUAGAAAAAGAAAAACGCAAUUUUCGGUCCACCCAUCGUCUUCUUUUGCUAGGUAAGGGUUGCGCUCUUUCAAACCUUACAAUAAUAGGAGCUGGGGAAAGCGGGAAGUCAACUAUUGUGAAACAAAUGCGGAUUUUGCAUAUUGAUGGCUUUUCCGAUGUAGAGAAAAAGGAAAAGAUAGUUGAUAUACGCAAAAACCUCCGAGAUGCUAUUUGCUCCAUCGUUGGUGCUAUGCCUAACCUCAAACCUCCAGUUGUGUUAAAAAAUCAUGAAAAUACGCCUAUUCGGAAUUAUAUGCUUGAAGAAGCCUCCAAGAAUGAUUUCGAUUUCCCCCCGAUUUUCUUUUCACACUGUCGUCAACUCUGGGGCGACGCUGGUGUUCAGGAAGCAUUUGAGAGAUCUAACGAGUAUCAGCUCAUCGACUGCGCGAAAUACUUUCUCGAUCGUUCUAUGGAACUUGGAAAGCCAGAUUACAUCCCUACAGAACAGGACAUUCUGCGAUGCCGUGUUCUCACCUCGGGCAUUUUUGAGACUAAAUUUACAGUGGACAAGGUGCAGUUCCACAUGUUCGACGUGGGUGGACAGCGUGAAGAGAGGCGAAAGUGGAUCCAGUGCUUUAACGAUGUCACUGCAAUAAUCUUCGUCGCCGCCUGUUCCUCCUACAACAUGGUGCUGCGCGAGGAUCCCAAUAAAAAUCGUGUUAGAGAAUCGCUUGAACUUCUUGGCUCUAUAUGGAACAAUCGGUGGCUGAAGAAUAUAUCGGUUAUCCUCUUUUUGAACAAGCAGGAUCUCCUAGCAGAGAAGGUAAAGUCUGGCAAAUCCAAGAUCGAGACCUACUUCCCCGGCUAUGCAACUUAUCAAGCGCAGGCUGAUGUCCUCGCGGAAUACAGUGACGAAGACCCCGAAAUCGUCCGUGCCAAAUUCUUCUUUCGAGACGAAUUUUUGAAGGUGACGGCGGAUAGCAACAACGGUCGGCACUACUGCUACCCCCACCUGACUUGUGCGGUGGACACGGAGAACAUUCGACGAGUGUUCAAUGACUGUCGCGACAUCAUCCAAAGAAUGCAUCUCCGCCAAUAUGAGCUGCUGUAG